UAAAAGAUACACUGGGUUCUCACGGAAUCCCUUAACGCACGUAGCUCUCCAGGUUUUCCCCCAACACCAAUCCACUCUUACCCUCUCCAUGGUCCCCGUGACAUUUUUCCAAUACAACACUUAAUUGAGCAACUGAGAUUCUUCACGUGCGUGGUUGAUUUGUAGUUUGAACACGUGGCUCAUUCAAAUUAGCCGGAAUAUCCGUCUUUUUUUCUUACCUCUUCUCUUUCUUGGUUUCUAUUCAGAGGCGGGUGCGAACCUUAACGUGUGACAUUCUCUAGGCCAAGGGGGUUUGAUGAAGACAAAAAAGUAGUUAUUUCCUUUUCACCCAGCCCGCCAUCGUUUUUGAGAGAAGGAAUAAAUAAUUAUUUUUUUGUGCGCAAUAGAGGGGCGAGGAAGCGCAAACACCGACGAGGUAGCCCGUCAAAUAUAUCUGUGGCUCGAACGACCGGGGGAAGCACGCCGCCACCACCACUCCGUUUAGUAGUAAGGCGAUUUUGGCGACUCCAAACACUGCACACCCGAGAUAUUAAAUAACGGUUAACCUUCUGCGUAAAGGUUGUCCAUUUCAGCGCAGAACAUGAAUAAGCUGUACAUUGGAAACGUGAGUGAAGAGGCGAGUGCGGAGGACUUGGAAACUAUAUUUGAGCAGUGGAAGAUUCCGCACAGUGGUCCGUUUCUCGUCAAAACUGGUUAUGCGUUCGUGGAUUGCCCCGAUGAAAAGAUUGCAAUGAAGGCCAUCGACAUUCUUUCAGGUAAAGUUGACCUACAUGGAAAACUCCUAGAGGUGGAGCACUCUGUCCCUAAACGUCAAAGGAGCUGUAAGCUGCAGAUCAGGAACAUCCCGCCUCAUAUGCAGUGGGAGGUUCUGGAUGGCAUGUUGGCCCAAUAUGGCACAGUGGAGAACUGCGAGCAAGUAAAUACAGACACAGACACUGCAGUGGUCAACGUCAGAUACGGUGCUAAGGACCAGGCUAGACAGGCGAUGGAGAAGCUGAAUGGCUUCCUGAUGGAGAACUUUGCCCUGAAGGUGUCGUACAUCCCCGACGAGAUGGCCACCGCUGACGCCCCACCUCUGGGAGGGGGUAGGAGGGGCUUUGUCCCCCGUGGCCCUCCCCGCUCAGGUUCUCCGGGCCUGGGGGCGCGCCCCAAACUGCAGUCGGAAGUCCCCUUGCGGAUACUCGUCCCAACGCAGUUCGUAGGAGCCAUCAUCGGCAAGGAGGGAGCCACCAUUCGCAACAUCACCAAACAGACACACUCAAAGAUCGACAUCCACAGGAAGGAGAAUGCGGGAGCGGCAGAGAAGCCCAUCACGGUCCACUCCACCCCAGAGGGCUGCUCCAAUGCCUGCAGAACCAUCAUGGAGAUCAUGCAAAAGGAGGCCCUCGACACCAAGUUUACCGAGGAGAUUCCACUGAAGAUUCUGGCUCACAACAACUUUGUGGGCCGACUGAUCGGGAAGGAAGGACGGAACCUAAAAAAAAUUGAAGUGGACACAGAGACCAAGAUCACCAUCUCCCCUCUCCAGGACCUGACCCUGUACAACCCUGAGAGGACCAUCACAGUGAAGGGUUCUAUCGAGGCCUGCUCCCGCGCCGAGGAGGAAGUCAUGAAGAAGGUCAGGGAGUCGUAUGAGAACGACGUGGCCGCUAUGAAUCUCCAGUCUAACCUGAUUCCAGGACUCAACCUGAAUGCUUUGGGUUUGUUCCCUGGUGGUGCUCCAGGUAUGUGCCCCUCCAUGGGACACAACGUCCCACCUCCCGGUGCCCAGGGUGGCUACUCCUCAUUCGGGAGCAGUUUCUUCGGGGGUGAAGGGCCAUUUUGGGCGUCUGUGCUGUCGGCGAGCAGCCAGCCCGUCUCUAGCCAGGGGCAGCCGGAGUCGGAGACAGUCCAUCUGUUCAUCCCGGCGCUGGCGGUCGGAGCAAUCAUCGGAAAACAGGGUCAACACAUCAAGCAGCUGUCGCGCUAUGCCGGAGCCUCCAUCAAGAUCAGUGCAGAUGAAGUCAGUGUCGUAGAUGCAAACCAGGUAGCCCCUCCAGAAAGUAUGGACACCAAGCAGAGGAUGGUGAUCAUUGCUGGACCACCAGAGGCCCAGUUCAAGGCUCAGGGUCGUAUCUUUGGGAAGCUAAAGGAGGAGAACUUCUUUGGCCCAAAGGAGGAGGUAAAGCUAGAGGCUCACAUCAAGGUGCCCUCUUUUGCCGCUGGACGCGUCAUCGGCAAGGGAGGCAAAACGGUGAAUGAGUUGCAGAACUUGACAAGUGCUGAGGUGGUGGUCCCCAGAGACCAGACACCUGACGAGAACGACCAGGUCAUUGUCAAAAUCACUGGACACUUCUAUGCAAGCCAGCUGGCCCAGAGGAAGAUCCAGGAGAUAUUGUCCCAGGUGAGACGGCAACAGCAGCCCAAACCCUCACCCCGCGGGGAGGGACCUCCCCGUGGGGAGGGACCCCCCCUCCCCCGCCCCUCCCGGAAGUAGACGGUGGCCCAGGGGGGGCCAGUGACAGAACCGCCCCCGAAGACAGACUAGAGCAGAGACCGGAGGGGAAACACAGGCAGGGACAAUGCGCUCAUCUCAGGGGUUAAGGGUCACGGGUACCCAACUGUACACCCCCACUCUCGACGACCUCCUCGACCUUACACACCCACCCCCACUUUCGACGACCACCUUGACCUUACACCCCCCCCUCGACGAUCUCCUCGACUGACU